AUGAUCCAAGGAGGAGUAUUUUCAUAGUGUCUGCAGGAAAUAAAGGAAAAUUGUCCUCCUUUGCAACGUGUGAACUACAGUCAUAAAAAAUCAUUUAAACAUUGCUUGGAGUCAAUCACUUAAAAGAUUCCAAUUGUAAAAUCAAUCCACAAACUCCGAUUAGAUUAGGAAUAAAAAAUAUAUUAGAAUAUUCAUAGAGUCAAGAAAUUGAAUUUAAUGCAGGAAAUACAUCAGGUAAAUCCUAAACUGCACAAUGAGUUAAAAUAGAUUUAGCAUGAUCAACUGACCCUAAAGUUUGCCGAAUACAAACAAUAGCAAGAGCAAUAUGUGGAGGUAUUGUCAGAUACUCAGGAUAGUUACAUUAAGUAUCAACAAUAGUUAGAACAUCAUGGAUCGGGAUUAAAGAUAUUUCAAACCAGACCUCUCAUUCGGAAUAUAAUGGAAGAAUAUGAUUAGGAGGAGAGUACCUACAGUGAUUCUUACAUCAAUAAAUAUUUGGAUCUUAAUUGA